AUGCGUAGGAGAGAUGGGCUGAGGGCUAAUUUAUCCACCAUUGUUGGGAUGUUUCCUGCAUUAGGAAGGUCUGGUGGUGCUUUGAGGGAAGUGAAAUCAGUUCAUGGGUACUGCAUAAGAAUGGGGUUUAGUGAUGAUGUUGUUUUCAAGACGGGGAUUUUGGAUGUAUAUUCGAAAAGCAAGUGUAUUGUCUAUGCGAGGAGAGUUUUUGAUUCGGAGUGUUUAAAGAAUGAGGUAACAUGGAGUGCUAUGAUUGGAGGCUACAUAGAAAAUGAGAUGAUGAGGGAAGCUGGUGAAUUGUUUCUGCGGAUGUUGGAUAAUGGAGAUGUGGCAGUUGUGACGCCGGUGGCCAUUGGGCUUAUUCUGAUGGGUUGUGCGAGGUUUGGAGAUCUGAAUGGAGGAAAAUGUGUACAUUGUUACGCGGUUAAAGCAGGCUUCAUCUCAGACCUGACCGUUGGAAACACCCUAAUUUCGUUUUAUGCCAAGUAUGGUAGCUUAUCUGAUGCUUUUAGGCAGUUUAGUGAGAUUUGUAUGAAAGAUAUUGUUUCAUAUAACUCUCUUAUCUCUGGCUGUGUGGAGAACUUUCGCGCGGAAGAGAGUUUGCGUCUGUUUCAUGAUAUGAAAUGUUCUGGAAUUCGUCCUGGUAUAACAACGUUAGUUGGUGUUUUGACCGCUUGCUCUCACUUGGCUGCUUUGAGACACGGUUUCAGUUGCCACGGGUAUUGUGUUGUUCACGGCUAUGCUGUUAAUACAACCAUUUGUAACACAUUAAUGGAUAUGUACACAAAGUGCGGGAAACUUGAUGUCGCCAAGAGAGUUUUUGACACGAUGCAUAAGCGGGAUACAGUUUCAUGGAACACAAUGAUGUUUGGAUAUGGAAAUCAUGGCCUUGGCAAAGAAGCUCUUUCUCUGUUCGACAGGAUGCAGGAGACAGGUGUGAACUCAGACGAGGUGACUCUUCUUGCUCUUUUGUCUGCUUGUAGCCAUUCAGGACUUGUGGAUGAAGGGAGACAAGUGUUCAACUCUCUGACACGAGGAGGUUUCAACGUCACUCCAAGGAUAGACCAUUAUAACUGCAUGGCUGAUCUCCUAGCUCGUGCCGGAUACCUAGAUGAAGCUUAUGAUCUUGUCAACAAGAUGCCGUUUGAGCCUGACGUUAAUAUGUUGGGUACACUUCUCUCUGCUUGUUUGACGUACAAGAGUGUGGAGCUUGGGGAUAAAGUGUCGAAAAAGAUGCACAGUCUUGGAGGAACAACAGGAAGCUUUGUUCUUCUAUCCAACGCCUAUUCAGCUGUUGAAAGAUGGGAAGAUGCAGAGAAACUUAGAACGACACAGAAGAAAACAGGGUUUCACAAGACCCCGGGUUAUAGCUGGGUCGAUGUUUAGCUGAUAGAUUGGUUUGAGUAUUCGUGGAAGUCAGACGUUGUCGCAGUUUAGCUGAAGGAGACAUUGUUUCAACAAUGAUUAAGGCGUGCAGGUGAUGCUGAUAUCACUUAAAGCUGGAAUCCUCAGAUUGAAUAUGGCAGCUGCAUGUCUUGUGAUUCUAAUGCUUCUUUGGUGGAAUCCGAAGAGUGAAGAUCAAGCUAUUGAUAGUCGUCGUAUUGGACAAACUCGGGACGGGUACUGUAGCUAAUAUUGCUGUGAACGAUAUCGUUAUCUGAUUUUGGCUCUUCAGGAAAAGAAAAGAAAAAUGGUUGCAUCUGCAUGAUUGAAGUGGAGAUUAUGUAGAACAUACUGGAGAUUUGACAGAGUGUUCGCUCUCCGAGAUUUAUGUAAUAUUUCACACGGUUAAAUUUUUCUGUAAUACAAAUGGUUAAGUAUCACGACAUUAUUAGUUUGACAAAAG